CUUCUAGGAACAAAUUACACAAUUUUCCAUCUUUACUCAUCGUUUUAGCAUCAAAAUUUCUCCGUGGAGAUUUCUUGGAUUCAUCAUCAUCAUCAUCAUCUAUCCUGUUGCUCAAAGAUGCUCAAGGUCCCUGAACACCAAGUUGCUGGUCACAUUGCCAUAGAUGGGAAGCUUGGUCCGCUCGUAGACGACCAAGGCCGAUUCUUCAAGCCACUUCAGGAUGAUGCUCGUGGUGAAAACGAGGCUAAGUUCUAUGAGUCUUUCUCGGCGAACAAGAAUGUUCCAGAUCACAUCCAUAGAUACUUCCCGGUGUAUCACGGUACUCAGUUAGUCGAAGCAUCUGAUGGAUCUGGCAAGCUUCCACACAUGGUUCUUGAGGAUGUUGUUUCCGAGUACUCAAAUCCGUCGAUAAUGGAUGUUAAGAUUGGAUCUAGAACAUGGUAUCCGGAUGUGUCGGAAGAAUACUUCAAGAAAUGCAUAAAGAAAGAUAGAGAGACCACUACGGUUUCGUUGGGGUUCAGGGUUUCAGGUUUUAAGAUUUUUGACCACCAAGAAUCGAGUUUUUGGAGACCCGAGAAGAAGGUUGUUCUUGGGUACAAAGUGGAUGGUGCUAGAUUGGCUCUGAAGAAGUUUGUGUCAUCGAACUCUCCUGUUGAGUCUAAGUCAAUGCCAAACUGUGCUUUUGCGUCAGAGGUUUAUGGCGGUCCUAAUGGGAUCUUAGCGCAAUUGUUGGAGCUUAAGGCUUGGUUUGAAACCCAAACGAUCUACCAUUUCAAUUCUUGCUCGAUUCUGAUGGUGUAUGAGAAUGAUUCGAUGUUGAUGAAAGGAGGGGAUGAUGCGCAGAUGCCUCGGGCACAAGUAAAGCUGGUGGAUUUCGCUCAUGUUCUUGAUGGAAAUGGUGUCAUCGACCACAAUUUCUUGGGUGGAGUCUGCUCUUUCAUAAAAUUCAUCCAAGAUAUUCUUGAAACCGACACUUCCCAGCUUGAAAACGGGCACUAGAGAAGCGUGUUUCUUUCUCACUAUGUUUCGAAUAAUCUCCAGUUUCUUCCUUCCUUGGGCGCUAAUUGGGUUUUAAACUUUUGUCCCCUUCAAUUGUAUAAUUUGGUUUAUACCUACCUAACCAAACCGUUGUACUGUACUUUUCUUUUGAGUAAUAUCGAAAUUUCCAUGGAA